AUGGAAGGCUUAGAAUCAAUCGACGGCGGCAGCAUCUGGUACAAAUGCCCCGAGCAGAUGGUCCUCGGUGAGGCCCCCAUCUUCCGAGCCAGCGAUUCAACCCUACACUGGGUAGACUGUCUGUCCGAGCCAUCAAGACUGUACAUUCUGAAAAUCGACGACGCGGGCGACGCCGUCGGGGAAGCCCGUGUUCUCGAAUUGGAAGACAGCGUCACUGUGGUUUUCUUCCGCAAGAACCACCCGGGCUACAUUGCAGCAUACUACCAGGGUGUCUGCUUCAUCGACGAAGAAACCGGGAAAUUGGAGGUUGUCAAGGAGAUCAUUCCCACAAACCAACGGGAUGAAUUGCGCUUCAACGAUGGUGGAAUCGAUGCCAAAGGACGUUUCUGGCUGGCAGAGAUUGAUAAAACGGCGAUGGCAUUCGGUCCCAAUCAGCUUCCUGCGAGCUAUGGUACUCCCCGAGGACGUCUCUGGCGCUAUGACCCUGAUGGGAGUCUCCAUCUCAUGAUUCCGGAUGGAAUUGUUUGUGGCAAUGGACUAGGAUGGAGUCCAGACAACAAAACUAUGUACUUUCACGAUUCCGUCGCUAUGCUUGUGUGGGCAUACGACUUUGACCUGGAGACGGGAGCAAUCUCCAACAAGCGUCUCCUGAUCGAUCGCCGGACAUCAUUCGGCGAGCCUGAUGGAAUGGUUGUUGAUACCGAUGGCAAUUUGUGGAUCGCCAUGUUCGCCUCCAACCGUGUUAUGGUAUUUAGCCCCGACGCCCGCCAUCUUAAAGAUAUUGUGUUCUCUGCGCGAAACCCGGCGUGCACCACGUGGGGAGGAAAGAAUUUCGACAUACUUUACAUGGCUAGUGGCAAGGAUAGAAGUCCUAACCCGCGUCCAGAUGAUGAAGGUGGUCAUAUGUUCCGUUAUAAGCCUGUUGGUGCUCGAGGCCAAGCUAAGCAUGAGUUUGCUGGCUGA